AUGGAUACCUUGAAGCCAGAGUUGACACCUUUGGAAGUUAAGCAAAUAAAAGACAUUGUUUCAGAACCAGUUGAGAACCGGCCAUAUAGAGCACUUGUAGGAUGCUUAAUGUAUGCAUGUCUAGUGACUAGACCAGAUCUGAGUAUAGCAGUGAAUUUCUUCAGCCAGUACCAAAGCAAGGCUACUAAAGUGCCUGAAGCAUAUUUUGUGUUAUCUUCAAGGGACCAAGAACUGGGGGGGUUAUGGUAUAGAAGUCACAGUGAAACGAUUUUGGUAGGAUAUGCAGAUGCAGACUUUGCAAAUGGUGUGGAUAGGAAAUCAGUAACAGGUUAUCUGUUCAAACUAUAUGGAAAUUUGAUAGUCUGGGUGUGUGUGGGUGUGUGA